AUGACCGGUCCCCUUCAUUCGACUGCGCGAAUCGUCUCCGUGGUCGCCGGUACCCUAGUGGCUCUGUCCUGCGGCACAAAUUAUGCAUAUUCCGCGUGGGCCCCGCAAUUCGCCCAUCAGAUGAAGCUCUCGUCGACCGAGAGCAACCUGAUCGGCGCGGCGGGAAACCUGGGCAUGUACGCCAUGGGUAUCCCUAUGGGUCUAUUGACGGAUGCUCGUGGACCACGACUUGUCACUCUAAUCGGUUCAGUUCUUCUGGCGUUGGGAUAUUACCCCAUAUACCUGGCCUAUCAGAGUGGACCCGGAUCGGUUCCCAUUAUCUUUGUAUGCUUCUUCGCCUUCUUGACUGGUACCGGUGGAUGUUCAGCCUUCGGAGCCGCCAUCAAGACAGCGGCCUCUAACUUCCCCGAUCACCGCGGCACCGCGACGGCUUUCCCACUGGCUGCUUUCGGAUUGAGCGCCCUGUUCUGGUCCAAUAUUUCCACCUUCGUUUUCAAGGAUGAUACUGGCCGUUUCCUUCUUCUCCUGGCCAUUGGUACAUCCGUUCUUUCCUUCUGCUCAAUUCCAUUCCUUCGAAUUUUCCCCCAUGAGCCUUACUCGUCGGUAUCACACCUUGACGCCGGAGAUCUUUCCGAAUCUCAACUACUUCGCCGACAAUCUGUGCCAGAAGCUUCCGAUUCCAACAACAACUCAACUGGUUUUGAGAAUGGGCAAUCGGCUCACGCACGCACACAAUCAGUCGUCUCUAACUACCGACAAGGAGGGCAUCCUCACGAAACUGAUGAGACCUCAUCUUUGGUAUCCAAGUCCGAUAAUAGGCGGUCAUUUGACACUAUGGAUGAUGACUUCCUUGACGAAGUGGCUGUUGAAGCCCACCACCCGGAUAUCAGAGGCCUGGCCAUGCUCAAGUAUGUCGAGUUCUGGCAGCUUUUCCUCACGAUGGCGCUUCUCUCAGGUAUUGGUUUGAUGACUAUCAACAACAUUGGUAACAGCGCCAAAGCUCUGUGGAUGUACUAUGACGACAGCGCUACUUCCAAAUUCAUUCAGCAGCACCAGGUCAUGCAGGUCUCAAUUCUGUCAUUUGGAAACUUCCUGGGUCGUCUUUCUAGCGGUGAGAUAUACAUUGAUUCCCCAAAACCUCAACUCACUGACGAUAUGCUUUACAUAGGCAUUGGCUCCGACGUUUUGGUUAAAAAGCUCGGAAUGUCCCGGACCUGGUGUCUCCUCAUAUCGUCCGUGGUCUUCACCUUAACUCAGUUCUGCGGAUCCUCCAUCUCCAACCCACAUACGUUGGUCGUCGUCUCCGGCUUGACAGGCGUUGCGUAUGGCUUCCUGUUUGGCGUUUUCCCGUCUUUGGUCGCGCAAACGUUCGGCAUUGGCGGUCUCUCUCAGAACUGGGGUGUGAUGACCCUCGCCCCGGUUUUCAGUGGAAAUAUCUUCAACCUCCUCUACGGCACCGUCUACGACCGUCACUCUGUGAUCGGCGAAGACGGCGACCGCAAGUGCCCUGACGGGCUGGCCUGCUACCGUUCCGCAUAUUAUCUGACCUUCUUCUCUGGCCUCGCCGGUAUCUGUGUCUGCCUCUGGAGCAUUUUUCGCGAGAGGCGGAUCAAUGCGAUGCACAGGAAAAGCGGCCACCGCUUGGCGUAG